GAGUGACCGCUUCCAAUCUGCUGGGGGGCUAACGGAGGGGAAAAGAACUGGGCGACAGGAGCUGAAGACUAUCGAACAAAAUUGACUUGAGGAGAAGUAGAGGAGAAAAGUUUCUAUUCAGCCAGAUUGCGCUAAAUCUCCACUCCAAAAGUCUGACUACCAGCCCCUUUGUAAAUUAGCGCGGAUUUUCGCCCAGCGCGGAGAGAGAAGCUCAGUCCGCAGAGAACUUUUUGUUUUCUUCCCAUCACCAGCUAGGAGGAGACUCUUAACUCUCUCGUGAGCGCCUCCCAGUCCGGACUGCCUGCAAACCUCGGACACCUCCAGAGUCCCUCAGAUAGCAAGCUAGGGGACAGCUUUGGAACCGCCACAAAUCAAUCUUUUGCCUUCGACACUACUCCGAACUCAGGUCACAUUUCCUCAGGGAGGGCACCACAAAGGUCGGGGGCUCUCACUUCGUGUUUCCAAGUGCCACCUCCCUCUCCCUCCCGCAACCAACCACUGAAAAGAAAUGUGUAUAUGAUGGUGAGAGUGGGAUGCAUCGAAAAGACCCCGUUUCCUACGAUGAUAGCGUAGAAAGAGCGUUCUUCGGUUGAGAUACGGCUCUGGGCCUUACAAUGAAGCUGCGCAGACACCUUCUCUUCUGGUUUCUCAUAUUCUGAGGGACAAAAGCGCGAGCGCCUCUGGGGAGCGUGGCUUAGCUGGGGGGGGGGGGGCGGGGUUCCGCCUCUUUUGUCUACUUAACUUUUCUCCGUCCUUCAGCUGAGACCGUCUCAGGCACCCCGUAAUCGGGAGCACCCGGAUCCCUUUACCCCAUCACCUCACUUCUAGAUGUGAAGAACCCCUUCCUGCCGCCACCCGGAACAGAAGACACUGAGCUUUUGUUAAGACCGAUCUCCUUUCUACCACUGCACCAAAAGAGAGAAGGAGCGGAGGCAUGGUGCAUAGAACAAGAAACGAUUAAAAACUACUAUGGGCUGAAUAGGGAGCGAGUGAAGAACACAAACUUUUUUCUUUUUGAGAACUUUUUUCCCCUAACUGGGAAAGGAGUUCCGAUCCCCGACAGCUCAACACUGCUUCCGACUCUGAGAGGGAAGAGAGGGAGGGGGAGUGGGGAAGGAACCACGAAAGCUCGAUGGAUUAGUGAUUUGGCUAACUGUGGGAAAGGAUCGGAGAAAACUUCCCCGAAAAAAACACAACCCAAGCCCACCGGCGGCAGCCUCAUAUUCCCUCACAUACCAGCCCUUACCCCCCUUGGCUAAUCACCCCUCAUUAAAAGCUUCAUCAGCGGCCUAAUGAAAGCAAACCGUGUGGAAAUCGCCGGUAAACAGUUGGGUCUGGACUGUAAUUAAUUCAGUGUCUCUUUUAAUCAAGCUGAAAGGGGAUCAGGCUCCUUCUUGCGAAACCGUGACAUCACCCCCAAAAUCACCCGGAACCAAUCAGCGCCACCGCUCCGGGGACACGUGGGUGAGUCCCCCCUUUUAAAAAAAAACACACAAAAAAACAACAAAACGAAAAAAAACUACACCCAAAAAAACCGAACGCCAAAGAAAAAGUGACUCAAGUUCAUUUUUUAAUGGAAGGGGGGGAGGCGUACCGCAAACGGAGGAACUGUGAGAACAGUCUAGAGGCCCGGAUUUGCCAGAACCUCUGUCCAAGGUGCUGAAACGUUCGCCCAAGGCUGCGGAAGCGGAGGAAGUAAGAGCCGGUGGGCCAGGUGAAGCAGCUUGCGUCUUGAGCUCUGUUGCUGUCCAAGGUUCUGAUGCCGUCAGGUGCGCUCUGCCUUACCGGCUGGAAGCCUGGGCGCCCGGGACAUACUGCUGUCCGUGGUGCUGACUAGCCGCUCAGGAAGAAGGCUUUGAUUGUACUACUUUUUAAUUGUUAUUAUUCUUUUCUUUCUUUCUUUUGCAAACCUUUAUUUUAUUUAGAUUUUAUUUACUCAUUUUUCUCUUUGCCAAAGGGAAAUCCAGGCAGGAAACUUUCCCUUCUGUCCCCCAAAACUUGACGCUUUCUCCCUCCCUAUCCCCCGUUCUCCCUCCCCGACACUCCCACUACCCCCCCUCAGGCACCGCAGCUCUUCGAGAUGCUGCAGAAGCGCUGAGCCCUUGUGGAUCUAAUGCGCAAAGGCGUUUGGCCCAGAGCUCCCCGGCUCCCCCAAGGCUGAACUCGGUCCAAGGUGCCCGCCAGCUCCCUGCCCGCCUGCCCCAUGCCAGCCCUCAGCUAGGGGCAGGGGCGGUGGCUGCUGGGGUUGGUGGGUGGGUGGGGAGGUUCUGGGGAGGAAAGGAAGCGGCUUGGCUAUGGAAGGCUCCAAUGGAUUUGGGAUCGACUCCAUCCUCUCGCACAGAGCAGGCAGCCCCGCCCUUCCCAAGGGGGACCCCCUGAUCGGGGACUGCCGCUCACCCCUGGAGCUGAGCCCCCGAUCUGAAGGCAGCAGCGGAUGCUCAUCUCCUGCUUCGCCAAGAAGGGACUGUCUGGAGACAGGAGCACCACGGCCGGGCGGAGGGUCUGGCCAGGGUUUAGAUUCCCACCUGCAGCCCGGGCAGCUGUCAGCUCCGUCCCAAUCCCGCUCGGUGACCUCCUCCUUCCUGAUCAGGGACAUACUUGCCGACUGCAAACCGUUGGCAGCCUGCGCACCCUACUCCAGCAACGGGCAGCCCGCAGCCCAGGAGCCCGGGGGCCGCCUCUCGGCCAAGCCUGGAGAGGACUUUAGAGACAAACUGGACAAAGGCGGCAGCAACUCUUCUUCCGAUUCGGAGUAUAAAGUGAAAGAAGAAGGCGACCGAGAAAUCUCCAGUUCCCGGGACAGUCCCCCUGUUCGCCUGAAGAAGCCGCGUAAAGCUCGCACUGCCUUUACGGACCAUCAGUUGGCGCAGCUGGAACGCAGCUUCGAGAGGCAGAAAUACUUGAGCGUGCAGGAUCGCAUGGAGCUGGCCGCCUCGCUCAACCUCACUGACACGCAGGUCAAGACCUGGUACCAAAAUCGCAGAACCAAAUGGAAGCGUCAGACGGCUGUAGGUUUGGAGCUGUUGGCAGAGGCAGGCAAUUACUCAGCACUGCAACGGAUGUUCCCGUCGCCUUAUUUCUACCCGCAGAGCCUGGUUUCCAAUCUGGACCCUGGCGCAGCCCUCUACUUGUACCGGGGCCCCAGUGCUCCUCCGCCCGCACUUCAGAGACCUCUGGUGCCCCGCAUCCUUAUCCACGGACUCCAGGGAGCCAGCGAGCCGCCCCCUCCCCUGCCCCCACUCGCGGGCGUUCUCCCGCGAGCGGCACAGCCCCGGUGAGCCUCAGUCCCCAGCCUUAGUCACCCCGGGCGCUAGUUCUCCCAGUCCGCGCGGGCUGCGCAGCCCCCAUCCUCGCCCCAGUUCACUGAUACUGAGAGUGAGAAGGCAAGGGAGAGCAGAAUCCGCUGCGCGCCCGGAGGGGAGAUAUCCUUUACCCAGAGCUUUGGAGGAGUGGGUGUUGAAAAUCCUCCCCGCCAAGAGCACAAACUCUCCCAAUCCCCUCUUCGCUCCAGAACAUCGCCCCACAAAGGACCAAAGGUCAAUACUCCAAGAGACGGCCAGCGGCUGAUUCCCACUUCUUCCCCAACUCUAUCAGCCGCCCUGCUUCACUUCACUCAAACCAGCCGAGGAUGGGGUCAGUUUGCCCUAGCCGGGUUGUAUCUGGCUCUGUGCACACAUUUUCUCCUACCGCUCUCGAACCUGCCCCAGCCCAACUUGCUCCUUAAUCUCCAGGGAAUUUGACCCGUAAGGCACCUCCUCUCCCUGCCUUUCCCCCAGUCUGGGUGGGUGGGUGGAUGAAGGAACCACGAGUUGCUCGCUCUGUCUUAUUCCCUUGGCUCCUGGCCUCCUGCUGUAUAUUUGCCCCUUCCUCCUCGCACCCUACAGAGUGGGGAGGGCAGGGAGGAAAACGCGGACUGCUGCUUGUACAGUGAUGCCCCCCUCCCCUCUCCUCUCCCUCUCCCCCAGCGGGAGCCCCGGCCAGGCCCAGAGGAGAGGCUGACCGGGCCGGGCCGAGCUGUACAUACCGCGUGUAAAGUGUAUAUGAAGUUAUUUAUUCGUGACCCAUGAGCCCGUGACCGUGUCCGUGAAUUUGUGAGUCUGUAGCCUGCGCCCUCCCCGCUCCCGGGCGUGGCAGGAAGGGGCCAAGGAGACUUGCUUAUGCAGCCCCAAACUGCAGCCCGGGCCCCUGGGCCAGCCAGGUCCCUUGGGCUCGCGCUCUUUUUUAAAUGUCGAAAUAAACUUCUUACAAAUUCA